AUGAACCUUGCCCUGGAGCUCCUCCUGCUCCUGGUCACUAUCCUCUACUCCUAUGUGGAGGCCUUGGUGAGCCUUUUCACUCCUCGGCGGAGGAAGUCUGUGGCCGGGGAAGUGGUGUUGGUCACCGGCGCUGGGCAUGGCAUCGGGAGGCUCACGGCCCACGAGUUUGCCAAGCGCAGGAGCAAGCUGGGGCUUUGGGACAUCAACAAGGUACUGGUUGAGGAAACAGCAGCCGAAUGCAGGAAGCAUGGGGCCACUGUGCAUGCGUUUGUGGUAGACUGCAGCAACAGGCAAGAGAUUUACAACUCGGUCAACCAGGUGAAGAAAGAAGUGGGUGAUAUGACCAUCCUUGUGAAUAAUGCUGGGAUGAUUUAUCCAGUGGAUCUUCUAAGCACCACGGAUAAAGAGAUUACCAAAACCUUCGAGGUCAACAUCCUAGGACAUUUUUGGAUUACGAAAGCGCUUCUCCCAUCGAUGAUGAAGAGAAAUUAUGGCCACAUUGUCACAGUGGCCUCAGUGUGUGGUCAUGUAGUGAUUCCCUACUUUAUUCCAUACUGUUCCAGCAAAUUCGAUGCCCUUGGCUUCCACAGAGCUCUGACAGAGGAACUUGCAGUCCUGGGAAAGACUGACAUCAAGACUUUGUGUCUCUGCCCAGUUUUUGUAAAUACAGGCUUCACCAAAAACCCCAGCACCGGAUUUCUCCCUGAACGAGCAUUGGCAGCCAUAAAUCGUGUGCAGGACGUUCAGUUUGAAUCAGUGGUUGGCCACAAAACCAAAAUGAAGUGA